GUGGCUGGGGUGGAUCGGUGGUUUGGGCGAGUCGCCGUGUGGCGGCGGCUGUGCUACGAGCUCUGAGGUGAAAAUGUCGGGCCGUGAGGUCCCUGAUGGCAAAAAGUUGGUUCGCUCCCCUAGUGGGCUCCGAAUGGUCCCCGAAUGCCGGGCUGCGCAGAGCCCCUUCGGAUUGGAAGAGCCGCCGUGGGUGCCGGAUAAGGAGUGUCCUAGAUGUAUGCAGUGCAAUACAAAGUUUGACUUCAUAACCAGAAAGCACCACUGCAGGAGAUGUGGAAAGUGCUUUUGUGACAAAUGCUGCAGCAAGAAAGUGCCUCUGCCUCGUAUGUGCUUUGUUGACCCUGUACGCCAGUGUGCUGAAUGUGCUCUCAUUUCUCAGAAAGAAACGGAGUUCUAUGACAGGCAGCUCAAAGUGCUUAUGAAUGGUGCUACAUUCUUUGUAACUCCAGGGACAUCAGAAAGAACAGAAAUGAUGGUUUGUCGUCUUUCCAACAACCAGAGAUACCUGUUUUUGGAUGGAGAAAGCCAUUAUGAAAUAGAAAUUGCACAGAUCUCAACGGUCCAAAUUCUUACUGAAGGAUUUACUCCUGGAGAAAACGACAUUCAUACUUAUACGAGCCUCUUGGAAAGUGAACACAUUAUGGAAGGAGGCAACACUCGUGCUAUAGGUAUGCUACUUCAACACAAAGUACCAGGAUCAGAUGAACUCAAACAGAUUAAAUUUACUGCUGGUGAAGACUUCAGUUCCAAUAAAAAGCUAUCAGCUACUUGGCUAGCAGCCAUGCAUAAGGCAGCAAAACUUCUUUAUGAAUCUCGGGAUCAGUAGUAGUUUUUCAGAAUUGAGGGGAAAAGAUCAGCUCUAAAAAUAAGCUUCUUACUACUUGCUAUUGACACAUGAUAUAGGGAUUCUCCUUCCUCCUUUCCUACCUUAAAUGUGGUUCAUCAUGUGAGCACUGGCCAAUUAUAAUGUGAGUAUUUUGACCUAAAAGUAUUCACUUAUUUAGUGUGCAAUAUGUAUACAGUUUAUUAAUGCUUUAAAUAGAGCUCUGCAUCUAUGACUUUAUUUUGUUAAAUCUUACCUGCACUCAAUAUGUAAAAUGAAGUGUGACCUGCACUACUGCUAAAUAUACAGCACAACUUUUAUAUUACAAAUUAUGUAUACUAUGUAAUUCACUUAAAACCAAUCUUGGAUGUUCCAGAAAAAAGCUGUUCAGAAAUGUAGUUCUCAGGUUUUUUUCCAUAUAUCCAAAUGAUCUAUGAAAUCCGCCUUAGGCAUUAUUUUAUAUAAAACCACCCUUUCUUCUGGUGAGGGGCUUGUAUCAUGAGAUUAAAGCUUUUUUUAUAUAUAUAAAAUUAAGAUUUACCAAGUAUUAAAAAUAGUGCUGUAUAAAUUGGCCUUUUUGAAUGAAACUGUCAGCAAAAUUGGUUUUUGUAGUUUUAUAGUCAUGUUUUGUGGUAAUUUGAGAUUUGGCUAAUAAAAUAUUAUUAAAUACUA